CUCUUUCUAGUAGGCUCAUCACAUUGGGUGACUGCUCUAAGCUGCCUCGGGUCGCACCACGAUCGAGCAUCUCGGCGGCUGCGCUCACAUCCUCAGUCGGCAUGAGAGGAAGGACACGGCGGCUGCAGAGAACCGACUGCGCCGCGACAAUUACAACCCGAAAGAGAUUUCUACCAAUAUAGGCAACAGCUCCGGGAUCCGAGUUUUUUGUUUCAAUUAACACGGGGCAGGCAACGUGGCUGGAAAGGGAGUCUGCAAGACGUCAGACUAUCUAGUGAGCUGCCUACCUAGACAGCUUUUUUAGUCACCAUACCGCGUUCGUGCGCGCUCCGGGCAGCAUUCAUUCACUGUCGCUGUCCACACACACAUGUACAGUAUGUGUGAACGUGCGGAGAAGUUGAAGAUGCCACUCUGAAUCAUCUGUGCGCUUGGGUCGACGAUAACAAGCCAUUUUCUAUGGAUCCGUUGAUCGUCGUCUUCUCAAACCACAAGGCUCGUUCCUACAAGCACAUCUGAGUCCUGCAAGCAGACUCUCCCCACUCUCCAUCUCACAGCAAAUACAGCAAGCAGAUAAGAGAUCACACCAGUAGUAUUUCCAUCAUGAGACUGGUGUUAAAGUUCCUGGACAAGAUGAGGUGUUUCCGGAAACGUUCCACCAUUCCUUUUCUGGUGGCUCUCAUUACCUUCCUGCUCUUCAUAAACCUCUACAUCGAGGAUGGCUAUGUGCUGGAGGAAGAUAAACGUCAGUUGCGAGAAACCUCAAUGCAUCCGCUGAACUCGGAGCGAUAUGUUCAUAACUUUAAAGAUAUCACCAAUUUUUCUGGAACAAUCAAUGUGACUUAUCGCUACCUUGCUGGAACACCUUUACCUCGAAAGAAGUAUCUCACUAUUGGAUUGUCAUCUGUGAAAAGAAAACGAGGAAACUACCUUUUGGAGACCAUCAAGUCCAUUUUUGACCAAUCAAGUUACGAGGAGCUCAAGGAGAUCGUUGUGGUUGUCCACUUGGCAGAUUUCGACCUGGCAUGGUGCGAGAGCCUAGUUCAAGAAAUCUCAAGGAAAUUCGGCCACCAUAUCAUUGCAGGACGGCUGCUAGUUAUCCAUGCACCUGAGGAGUACUACCCGUCCCUGGAUGGGCUGAAGAGAAAUUAUAAUGAUCCAGAGGAUAGAGUACGAUUCCGUUCCAAACAGAAUGUAGAUUACGCGUUUCUGCUCAACUUCUGCACCAACCUGUCAGACUUCUACAUGAUGUUGGAGGAUGAUGUGCGCUGCUCCAGAAACUUCCUCACUGCCUUGAAGAAAGUGGUGUCAUCUAGGGAGGGAUCGUACUGGGUGAUGCUGGAAUUCUCUAAAUUGGGCUACAUUGGGAAGCUGUACCACUCACGAGACCUUCCCAGACUUGCCCAUUUCCUGCUCAUGUUCUAUCAGGAGAUGCCUUGCGAUUGGCUUCUUAUUCAUUUCCGAGGCCUGCUGGCCCAGAAAGAUGCGAUUCGCUUCAAGCCUUCCCUUUUCCAACACAUGGGUUACUAUUCCUCUUAUAAGGGUGCAGAAAACAAACUUAAGGAUGAUGACUUUGAGGAAGACUCCCUUGAUAUCCCAGACAACCCACCUGCCAGUUUGUACACAAACAUAAAUGUGUUUGAGAGCUAUGAUGCUGCCAAAGCUUACAGUAGCGUGGACGAGUACUUUUGGGGCAAGGCCCCAUCCACUGGGGACUUUUAUGUUAUAGUGUUCAACAAGGCAACAAAAAUCAGUAAAAUCAAGAUCAUCACGGGAACAGAUGAUCGCCAGAAUGAUAUUUUGCAUCAUGGAGCUCUGGAAGUGGGAGAGAAAUCAAUAGGAACCAAAAAGGGAAGGCAGUGCUCCUCCUAUAUAACUUUAGGGGAGUUUAAAAAUGGAAACAUUGAGGUUUAUGAUGUGGACCACAAGAUAGCGUUUGAUAUUGAGUGUGUUCGCGUUGUGGUGACGGCAAGUCAGAAGGAAUGGCUUAUCAUUAGAAGCAUAAGCCUCUGGACUACACAAGGUGCCAGUCAAUGAGAACAUUUUUGAACCAUAGCUCAAGGCACAAGUAUCUGUUUAUUUAUCUAUUUAUUUAUUAUUUAUUCACUCUCACCUGAGAAAUCUUUAUUUAUUUAUCAGACUAAUUUAAAGGAAAAUUUAAAGGCAGUACAAGAUUUCACACAUCAGUGGGAGGCGUACUCCCUUUUUCCAUUUUUACUCCAUAAUGUCAAAAAGCUUUGUCUCAGUUGUUUUUUGCCUUAUUUUCCAGUGAAGAUUCCUAAGCAUCUUUAAAAUCAGAAUAAUUUAUGUGAGAAACAAAAAUCAAUAUAUUUUUUAAUUAACUUUUUCUUACUUAAAUCAUAAAUCUAUUAAGGUAUGGUGAGGUUUAUGCUUAAAAUAAGAAAAAAAAAAAUUUGACAGUGGAGUAAGAAAGAUGUUCUUAGUACCUUGCAUCAUUGUGUUUUUAGUAAACGUGUCCUGUUUAAAAGAAUGUUUAUACAUUUUAACUGGAAAACAAGACAAAAAUACAGUUUAAGGAAGUGAUUUUCUGCAGUGUAGCUCUUUCCCAUAUUUUAUCAGACACAUUAUCCUAUUGUAGCCAUUGAAAAAGUUGAUUGAAGCUGAACUGUCAGCAUUUCAUUUCGCUUUACCGAAAUGAAUUUUUUUUUUUCUUCAAUACAUCAAAAAAAAAAUAUGCUUAUCCCUCUCUCCUUUCAGCCAACACAGGGUCAAUAUUGCCUUGAAUAUACAAUGUAUUGUGGCAUGAAUCUACUCAGCAACAUUUCAUACUAUCUCCCCACUGAAUGAUAACAGAAAUGUUAUUCAAUCAACUUUAGGCCAAAAUAGUCUCCUUGGUAUAGUUUUGGUUUGUUUGUGCAUUUCUUCAGAGGCAUGGACUGGAACAGUGUGGGUAUUCGCCCAUCUUCUGAAGUGUUGUGAUUGGACAGUACAGUGACAAAUGAAGUAAACCUCCUUCCCCUUUUCAGUAUUUUCCUCCUAUCUUUUGCUCAGCGCAAUUUUACCAGGGUAAAUUGGAUUUUGUUUGGCUCAUUCCCCCAUAAAAUUACACCAGCAACAACCACCCCAGUGAAGGCUGUUCUCAUAGCAAACCCCUGGCUGGAAUUGUUGGACGCAGCAUCUAAAUGCAGUUUUGUGUCAUUGUGUGAGUCUAUAUGCACUAUAGACCAUUACUUUUUGUUUACUCAAAUGACUUUGUCAUAAGAUGUUUUGAGAGACGUCACAACCAUCUAAUUACGCCGCUACACUGAACAUGUCACAAAAAAAUGCAAUAAUAAGACAACUGUUUACAUGACUCUGUAAUGUUGCAGAAUGUGUUUAUCUUACUUUAUUUGAAGACACGCCAUUUUUUUCACAUCAAAAAAAGACUCUGUAAUUUGCAUGAUUUUUGCAGUGGUCUUUGCCAACACCCAAGAUACAGUCCAAAAUUGACGUUAAGAAGUGCUUUGCACCAACAUAUGUCAAAAAUUAACUUUGCCAUGAUUAUCAAGAAGCCAUUACUAGCACUAUUUCUCAGGCUAGAAAUGUGUUAAAUUGCUGUAUACAUUUAUUUUCAUCCCAGGUCAGAAUUGCAUUGUUUCCUUGUCAGUUUUUCACUCCGUUUAUUGGAAAGUGAAUACCUCUUGCCCAAUUGUAUUUGUGAAUGGUCUUUUGGAUGCAUUUCAGACUUCUAUGGCUAUUUAAUGUCACAGUAUGUUUUCAAUAGUUUUGUAAUGCUUUCUUGUGAGCAAAGCACAGGUCCUUUUUUUAAACAGCCAGCUAAAUUUUAGGGCUGGGUGUGUAAUAAAAUGUUACAAAUGAAAAUAUUGGAAGGUUUUGUCUUCCUAAUAAAACAACUGAAUACAUAAUUGUUCAUGCAUGAGCUAAGAAAGAAUGCCGCCGUGUUAGUACGCCUGUCGGUUUUAGGCUUUGACUUGUUUCCAAGUGUCUACUCUGAACUUGACUGGCAUUGUACUGUACUUGAUUUGUAAUUUAACUGUACUAAUACUACAUUGCAACAAUGGACAUCUCGCGUAUUGUGCUGCAUAGGUGAAGAGAAUGUGUUAUGAUGUAGAGUUAUGUUGUAUUUCUCCCACACUGUUUGUCACAUGGUACUGUAUCUAUAUUGUAAAAUGACAUAUAUUUUUUUACAUUUAUCAUUAGAACUGUUUGCCUUGUAUAUUGUACCUAAAUAUACUUUGACUCAAGUGCUGAGUUGACAAAAAUGAA